AACCAGAACGAGCGAACAGCUACACCACUGGCUGCUAGAGCUCUCAACGCCGAGCCGGCGACAAGAUAAAAAGAGAAAACUGGACCGCAAUCACGGAUUUCUUGUGGGACAAACGCACAGGCCUCGCUGCUAAAACGCAGAUGCCUCACACUCGACGGUACUCGUCUUCGGACAGAGACAGCCGCAACAGCUACCAAGACCGCUACAGAGACAGAGGGCGAAGACACCGGCACAGAAGAUCGCCGUCUUACUCCUCCAGCAGUGACAGAGACAGAGACCGGGACAGAGACCGGGACCGGGACAGAAGAGGACGGGGACACAGACAGGAAGGAAGCUUUGUGCACUCGAGGAGUCGUAGCUAUGAUAAACGCUCAACGGAGCAACGGCCAUUUGACCGAAGAUACUGCGAGGGAUACAGGCGCUUGGAUCAGAACCGUGAUCCAGACCGCGAAAGAGAAAGGGAGCCACAUGGAGCCACUGAAAGUUACUAUCCACGCGACUUCUCCCCAAACCUGUUCGACUACCGCCGCGGCCGCGAGAGGGUGCGCGAACGAGACGAGUCGUACCGGCGGAAAGGCAGCAGGCGUAAGCACAAACGAAGGCGGCGUAGAACCAGGUCCUAUAGCCCAUCCUCCUCGCGGAGCGACAGCCAGACGCGGGCACUGAGUGUGAGGGACGACGAGGAAGGGCACCUGAUCUGUCGGAGUGGGGACGUCCUGCAAGAGAGAUAUGAGAUUGUCAGCACUUUGGGGGAAGGCACCUUUGGGAGGGUGAUGCAGUGCAUAGACCAUCGCAGGGGCGGAGCCUCUGUAGCUCUGAAAAUUAUCAAAAAUGUGGAGAAGUACAAGGAAGCAGCUCGCCUAGAGAUAAAUGUGCUCGAGAAGAUCAAUGAAAAGGACCCUGAUAACAAAUUCCUGUGUGUACAGAUGUAUGACUGGUUCGACUACCACGGUCACAUGUGUAUCUCCUUUGAGCUGCUAGCGCUCAGCACCUUCGACUUCCUAAAGGAAAACAACUACCUGCCCUAUUCGAUUGGCCAGGUCCGACAUAUGGCCUACCAAAUCUGUCUUGCUGUGAAGUUUCUCCACGACAAUAAGCUGACGCACACAGACUUAAAGCCGGAGAACAUCCUAUUCGUCAACUCAGACUUUACGAUGUCCUUCGACGUCGAGAAGCGAGAAGAGCGGAUGGUCAAGAUCACGGCAGUACGCGUGGUGGACUUUGGCAGUGCGACUUUUGACCACGAGCACCACAGCACCAUCGUGUCCACGCGGCAUUACCGGGCCCCCGAGGUCAUCCUAGAGCUGGGCUGGAGCCAUCCCUGUGACGUGUGGAGCAUCGGCUGCAUCCUGUUUGAGUUCUACCUGGGCUUCACCUUGUUUCAGACUCAUGACAACAGGGAGCAUUUGGCCAUGAUGGAGAGAAUCCUGGGACCAGUGCCCUCGAGGAUGAUUCGUAAGACGAGAAAGCAGAAGUAUUUUUACCGAGGCCGCCUGGACUGGGACGAGAUCUCCUCAGCGGGGAAAUACGUCAGAGAAAACUGCAAACCGCUGCGGAGGUACUUGCUGUCGGAGGCGGAGAACCACCACCAGCUGUUUGACCUCAUCGAGGGCAUGCUGGAGUACGAGCCCUCCAAGAGGCUGGCGCUGGCCGACUCCCUCAAGCACCCUUUCUUCGAGAGCGGGACGAUAAGCGAGGCGGGAAGCAGCAAAAACUGGGAAGGCAACCGGGACAUCAGCCGGUGACCCACGAGCCUCCAGAGACUGAACGACGGGGGAGAUGAAGUCUUUUCUAUCAGGAGCUGGUGAACCGUCGAAUUAAACGGAGCCGCCGGUGUUUUCUGUCGUUUGUCGUUAAAGCAUGGACACCUUGACUCCUCGCUCCUCUGACGUCCACCUCUGCAGCCGCGAGACGGAUGCUUCUGCAGCAGAGACCAAAAAUAAUAAAAAUGACUGGAAGAGUUGGAAAGUAUUUUAUAGCCGUCGCCGCCUGAAUAGAGGACGAUUAUAUGGAAGAAUGUUUGUACCCAAAGUAGCCCUCUAUGCAGCGGCCGUCUUCCUUUUGACUCCCAGACGACCUUCCGUCCGUCCGACUAUCACGUUCAUCAGCAUGAAGCAAAAUAAUCCCCCUUCAUAAGGAAAUAAGCACUACGAAACCACAGCUCGGUUUGGGAGAAGUCUUCCUGCUCUGAAGUCCACGGAAAGGAGAUGGAGCUGUACGCGGCUUGUUUACGUUUUGUUCUUUUCUCAUGUUUCUGCCUGUAUGUGGAAAAGGAUUCUCCCUUAUAUGGAGUCUUGCCCUUAAUCGUGGGUCGAUGGGUCUGUUAUUUGCCAAUGAGAUGAUGAUGGUGACACACACACACACACACACAGGCCUUUGUGGUCUGUCUUAUUGAUAGUUCUGUUUCUUUCUUUAUUCAAUGCUUUUGGGCGAGUGAGGCGUUGAUGUUUUGCUCACUGAAUGGCCCGGCGUUAGUCAUGGGGAUAUUCUUGCGUACUUUUAAACACACAAAACAUGAACUGCCUUUUUUUCCCCGCGUGUCAUUGCGUCCGACCCGAGGUCUCUUAUUUAGGUGAAGCACACACACACACACAACUCCUGGUUGUAGAUGACGAGCCGCACGUGACUCCUGUUGCCGGUAUUUAUUUACGUUCUUAUAGGUCAUAAACCCCAACACCCCCCCCCCACACACCUGUACAUGCCUUGUCUGGUUUUUUUGUAUGAAAUUAAAAGCGUAUACAACUGUAUAUAUGUACGAUUGUGUAGAAUUAAAGUAAAGUCCUCCUGACCAAAGGCUUAUGGUGCUCAGUAUCGGGGUUGGCCUCUGGUAGCGGAAGGGAGGCGCUCUGUCUUUACA